AUGUCCCUCGCCUCGCUUAUACCCGCAACACGGGUUGACCCAGCUCUCCUUCCUCCUCUACUGCCUUGGGGCGUGCGCUAUAACUUCCUCUACCCCUACUGCGACCUCUUCUCCCACAUCGUGCCCACCGAACCUGGCCCCCCUCGCUGGAACGCCGAACUCGAAGCCUACCACCGCACCUUCGAUCCAGACAUAUGGCUCUUCCUCGGCCGCGAUCACGACGACGACACGUUCGCAUUGCGCAAGUUCCGCUCGAGGUCGGUCGAGCUGAAGCGAAGGAAGCGUACGAAGGAAGUUGACGGCGGAGCGUCUCUCGCCGAUCUCGAGGCGGCCAUCGCUUCCAUCGAGUCUCGCCUGCUGACGAGGUGGAACAAACUUCUGGGUCUGCACGAGGUCCGGCAGGCAGUCCUGCGGCCGCUGAAGAUGAUGUACCCAGGUCAGUCACAGCAGCGACUUAUUAAGACGGUCCUAUCAACUAUGGACUUCGAGGGACCGCUUGCGGACCCUUCCACGCUCUGGCCGAUAUCGAUGCCCGUCCCGCAUCACUUGAAGGGCGAGCGACCGGGUAGGGUGUGCUUCGGUCACGACGGCGUCAAGUGGACGAACAUUUACCAGCCUGCUCCAUCGCCGACACCCUCAAGUAGCCUAACAGCCACGCCUCAUCUUCCGCUCCUUCGCUCGCCGUCUCUCUCGCCGGUCGUCCUGAGUUCUCCGGCUAUCCGCCGCGUACUCGCAACAGGUCUCGCUUCGUCUGGUCGCGGGUUCACCUCGAUUUCCCCGGUUGCUUGUCAUACCCACGUACACUCACACGAGGGCGACGAGGGCGACAAGCGCUCUCUUCGCCCUUCGCCUCCUCGAUCUUUCGCGCCGACACACACUCGCCCUUUUCUCCGUCCACUGUCGGACGCUUGA